GAUGUCGUAUUGGUUACACGUCGUUCGACCCUCUCGUGCAUUUUAUCUCUCAUGGUUUUUCGGUUUCCGUUGCGAAAAAUGAACUAUUAUUAACCAAUUUGAAUUGAUCUCGAGUCGAGUGGUCGCUUUGCAUUCGUCGCGUCGAUGAAAAAAAGUUUUUCCAAAAGUUGAACUGUGAUCGAACCAUGUGCAAACUAAUUGGAUUUUAGUGAAUUCCCAGAAAGAAAAAUUAUCAAAUCAACUUUUAUCUUGUUUUGUGUCCCGAAAAGAUUUAAAUGGAUUUGCCGAAAUAGUGUGAAUCAGUGAAUCUAUUACACGUUUGAACUGAGACUUUGAUUUCCAGCAAUAAAAAUUUAGUUUCCGUGUUUGGGUUGUUUCUUUCUUCAUCGGUUUUUUUGCCUUUCGAUCGAUUCGGUGAAACAAAAUUACGAUAAGAUGUCAACUGCAUUUUUAGUGGAUAACAUUUUAAAUGACAAAGAAGAUCGUUCGGAUUCAAUAAUUUCGGAUACGGAUUCAGAUGCGACAUCGGAUUUAAAAGACUCGGUGUGCGGUUCACCCGAAUCAAAUGAAAAUAUCUCACCAUCGCAUCAUUAUUAUCACCAUCAUCAUAUACAUCAACAAGCAUCCGGUAAUACAAGCGCCCAACUCUCGGAAACAUUACUACGAACAUACAACACCAUGAUACGGAGCAGUGAUUGUGCCACAUCGGAUGACCAUUCGGACGAUGCAAGCAAUCACUUCAUCGAAAUGUGUUGUACAAAGUGCGGUCACUUUCAGCAAUUAAACAAAACGCGUAGCAACAACGGUACAAAUGGCAGUGGUAGUGACGAUAAUAAUGCCGAUAUCGAUACCGAUUUCAAGUGUGAUAAAUGUGACAGCAAUGAAGGUGUUAUUAGUAGCCAAAAGGAAACCACAACCACGAUUUUAAAGGACAAUGCAAAACCCAUAUUAAAAUUUAGUGUGUCAGCGAUUUUAGGUGAUAAAAAGGAAUGUGCCAGAGUUAGACACGAGUUUCUUCAACCGCAACAUAUUUGGCCUUAUAUUCAGCAAAAUUUCAUGCACCAUCAUUCGCAAGUUCAUUAUCAAGGAUUUCAUGUCACAAACAAUAACCAUCAGCAAAAUAACCACAAUAAUUUACAUCAAGAACAGCAACCGCAGCAUAAUCAUCAUCAGCAUGUGCCGUCACCAAUUAGUUGUAACAAUGAAAUCGACAAUCUAUCGAACAGUAACAAUAAUAAUAGCAGUAGUCUUAACAAUAAUGCGAGCGGAACAAAUGCCGAUAGCACGGCCAUCGUGUCUGACAUUCAGGAUGCUGAACAACAAAAUAGAUUAAGGGAAAAGCAACAAUUGCAACAGCAGCAACAAUUGAUUGCGAAACCGUUGGCGAGUCGACCAGCUCCACCAUUUUUACAUCAUACACUAAGUCAUCCCCAUCUUCACUCAUUAUUGGCUCAUUGCCGAAAUCCUUACAUCGGAGCUGGCGCUGGUCCUCAAGUGUUUCCAUUACCUCCUGGUCAAGGUUUUCCAUGGGCGCAUUCGACACGCGGUAAACCGCGACGAGGAAUGAUGCGAAGAGCCGUUUUUUCCGAUUCACAACGGAAAGGGCUGGAAAAGCGAUUUCAAAUGCAGAAGUAUAUCAGUAAGCCGGAUCGCAAAAAACUCGCCGAAAGACUUGGCCUUAAGGAUUCACAGGUGAAAAUUUGGUUUCAGAACCGACGGAUGAAGUGGAGAAAUUCUAAAGAACGUGAGUUAUUGGCAAGUGGUGGUAGUCGUGAUCAAACCCUUCCAAAUAAAAAUAAUCCCAAUCCAGAUUUAUCGGAUGCCCGCACCGAUCGUCAGCCAUCCAUUUCACCGGCUUCGGCGUCACCAAACUCCAGUCUCAUGGAUCAAUCACAGUCAGCACAAAAUCUUGAUCAUUUCCCCAGCCCACCAAGUAUGACGCCAACGAGUAAAGCAAACAUGGAAUUGCACAGUAAGAACAAUGUCAUUUUAGCGAAUGGCUGCAAUGGCAAAGAAGGAAAAUCAUUUAAAAUUGAAAAAGGUGCAACGAUGAAUGAAAGUAACCAUCCAUUCGUCGAUCAAUUUAUGCCAAAUGCAAACCAAUCCAUUUUGUCGCACAUGAGCUCAUCGUCGAGCGAAGAGAAUCGACGCGAAUCGGCACCACAACAGCACCUGUUUAACAACUUUUACGACAAAGUUCGUGACAUCAAUAGUUCCGUAUCGUUUAAUAAUCGAUCUGAAAAUGUUGGUAACAUGUCGAACUACUAUUAUGACGAAUUUGAUUCAAACUCCGACGAAGAGAUUAGCGUAACUUGAGUCGAUUAAGUGGGAUGACUUAUUUUCCUUGGCUUUAAUAGAAGCUAUACAUGAAUAUACGAUAUAUUUUAUCACUCUCAUUGCUGUGUAACGCAAGAAAAAUGAUUUUUUUGUCUCAAUCAAAAGACUCUUGAGAAUUCUCACCAAAAAAGAUUCUCAGUUCGAAACAUCUUCGAACCGACUGAAUGGAAUUACUCAAGACACAUUUCCAUGUCUCAUGAUUUCAUCAAUCGAAACAUAUUGUUUCUAAUAAAUUUCUAAUGAAAUUCGCCUGACUUUUUUUUUGCUCAAAAUUCAUUUUUACUGAAUAAAUAAAAUUCCUGUUUGGGGUGCGAAAAUGCAAACUAAUUUUCCAAGGAACCAAAUUGGUCUUGCCGUCGGCUGAUGAUCAAAAACAAACUACGACAACUUUCACAGAAGACAAUGAAAGAAUUCAACGUAUAUAAAUCCAGCUGGAAGUUGGAAUUUCAUAAAUGUAAAUAAAAUUGCAAAUAAAGAAAAGAAAAAUUAAUUUUGUUCUAUAAGUGAUUCGCUAAGUAAGAAGAACUGCUUCAACAAGUUCGUAAAGCAUUUUGAAGCCAAAAAAGUAUAUAAAUGUUCAGCACCGAAAUGAAGAAUCGAAUCGGUUGCACAUUUGGCUUCCAUGUAUUGACACACACAUGAAAUGAAAAUUUAUCGAUUAAUAAAAAUUGACUAAAUAUUUAGUAAGAGGACCCGCUCAGUCUAUGUAUGUGAAGAUAAACUUGAUAAAAACAGACACAAUUUUAAACUCAAAACCAAAAAUAGAAACUAUUUAAUAAACUCCAUUGUAAGAUUGUCAUUGUAAUUUAUUUAGUUGGUCAAAAUAAAGUGAAAAAUUUACGAUAAA